CCAAUAGGGUGUUGGGUAGAGUUUGGUUGUAAUGGUUCGGAUGGGGGCACUGAGACCUGCGCAGCGUAGGAGCUUCGAUUCGUACUAGUCCCGGCUGGUGGCUAUAGGAGGGUGGCAGAAGGUGCCUGUACCCUGCAUGGAAGGUGGCAGUGGCCGGAGCUGGCUGCUUUUCCUGCGGAAGUGGAAAACAUGAAACAAGAUUUCUAGACGUCUAGGGAUUUCACCAUGGAAGACUUGGAAGGAAAUCACUUCAAGUCAGUGGAAGAAGAAACCAGCUACUGGAAAGAACUGGCUAUGAAAUAUAAACAAUGUGCAGAAAAUACACAGGAGGAACUGCGUGAGUUCCAAGAAGGGAGCCGAGAAUAUGAAGCAGAAUUGGAGACACAGCUGCAACAAACGGAAUUCAGAAAUCGAGACCUUCUAUCGGAAAACAAUCGCCUUCGAAUGGAACUGGAGUCAAUUAAGGAAAAAAUUGAAAUGCAGCAUUCAGAAGGCUACCAGCAGAUCUCUGCGCUAGAAGAUGACCUGGCACAGACGACAGCUAUUAAAGAUCAACUACAGAAGUACAUUCGAGAACUCGAGCAAGCAAAUGAUGACUUGGAACGAGCAAAAAGAGCCACUAUAAUGUCUCUGGAGGACUUCGAACAGCGUUUGAACCAGGCCAUUGAAAGAAAUGCUUUUCUGGAGAGUGAGCUAGAUGAGAAAGAGAAUCUCCUGGAAUCAGUGCAGCGAUUGAAAGAUGAAGCCAGAGACUUAAGGCAAGAGCUUGCAGUUCAGCAGAAACAGGAGAAACCCAAAACACCAAUACGAAGUACACUGGAGACAGAAAGGACGGACACAGCUGUGCAAGCAACCUUAUCUGUGCCUUCAACUCCUGCAGUUCAUAGGGGACCCAAUGUCAGUAUAAGCACCCCAGGAACAUUUAGAAGAGGUUUUGAGGGUAGUUACAGCGGGACCCCUCUCACACCAGCUGCCAGGAUAUCUGCGCUGAACAUUGUGGGAGACUUACUGCGGAAAGUCGGGGCUCUGGAAUCCAAACUUGCAUCUUGUCAAAACUUUGUGUAUGACCAGUCUCCAAACAGACCCACCAUGUCCUCAUCCAUGUAUCUGAACAAGAGCAGAGAUGGCCUUGAAAAACGAUUGAGCGGUUCCCACAUGCCGUUGAGUGAUAAUGGGUUAGGAAAGCGCUUGGAGUUUGGAACACGGCCUUCAAAUAUUCCUGCACCACUGGUACAUUCCCCUCAAGGUGUAGUCAAGAUGUUACUUUGAGAAGACCCUGAGAUGAUGAGACCAUCAUGGUUUAGGGUGUUUUUGUUUGUUUGUAUUUUUAAACCCUUGUCUUCUAAACUUUUAACAGAAUACUAACAAGCAGUCACAGUAGUUAACUUGAAUAAUGGUGGAUGGGAACUACACAGAGCAAUUGGCAACAGUCCCCUGCAAUCUCAGCCUUUUCCCCAAGACUGAGUUGUGUGGUGCUGUGACAAAGCAGCACUGCUGGUCAGUCCAAUACUGUGAAUCACUUUCCUACAUCAGCUGCUGUAAAUAGCUUCUUGAAAGCUGUAUCUGUAACACUGCUGGUCAAAACUAAUGACCUGCUACAUAAUAUUGGGACAAUAUUCUUCCCCAUAAACACUGAAUUAUUUUCUGUAGCACAACUACUGUUUUAGCAAGAGAGUUAUAGUGUUAUAACUUUCUAGUGCAGUGUGCUGUGUGCAUCAGUGGCCUAAAUUAGAGAAAUGUUUGUCUCCAUCUACUUUUAGUUCCAUGGCAAGCUUUUUUUUUUUUUUUUUUUUUUUUAUAUACCAAAAUUAGUGCAUUUGGAAGUCCUAAAAUAAAGCCACCUGGGGAAAUUAAUUUGUUGUCAGAAUCCUUUAUAUAACAAUCUGCCUUUCAGGUGGUAAGAUAUUAGUGAGAGCGACUUGCCAUUACGAUUUCCUAAUGGUUAAAGAAGGAAAAAAUGCUUUCAUUGCAAAUAUUGAAGAGACCCCCAAAUAUGUAAUAAUGCAGAAAAGAGAGAUUUGCACUGAUAUAACAAACCCAUGUCUUCUGCAGUCACUACAUGACUGCAAGACCUAGCAAGAUAUACAACACUGAUCUAUUGAUAGGGUUAAUCUCAGUUGAUGGGUUGGGGCCUUUUGCUUUCUGAACCUACAUUUGAUGUGCCCUGUGUGGUUAACGUGAGAACAUACCCCUUCUAGUUGCUAGUGUUACUAACUUAGAAAUGGUGGUGUAAAACCUCAGAAAUUCUUGAUGCUGGCCAAGGUUAUUAGGAUAAUGAGCUCUUUUAAGAUAGGUUUUUAUCUAACAAAAUAAUGCUGCAAAUUUAAGUGGAGUAGGUUCACUGACAGUAAUACUGCAAAUUCACAUUUCUAUAACAUGAUACUAAGUAUGGCUAAAACUAAUUUUGCACAGCAAAUGAAUACAUAACGACUUUUUUAUUAAAUAUUCAGCUUUGCAUAUACAGAUACUAUUGUAUAGUAAGCAACCACAUCUUAAUUUCACUCUGUAAAUCUAAAUUGUCUGGUUUAAUCAGUGAACAGAAUAAAGCCUAUUCUGAAUAUUAAUCUAUAGACAAUA